AAGUUCAGUGUAGGAUCUAAGAGGGGCAGCAGCUGGAAUUGUGGACUAUGCUGUCUAUCCUUUGCAGUGAAACUUAAAUUUCUGAUGCUUGAAUUUUUUAAGCUGUGGCUUACUGAUGCUGAGAGCACACACUUGUCUGGGGCAGUGCUUUUCAGGCGUCAGCAGAGGAGCAGCCACUGGUCGCAGUCACUGUAGGAUAUGUAGAUAUAAUCAACUUUUUGUUUUGUUUCGUUUUUAGUUAGGAUCUUUGGAUAUCUAAACUCCGAAGGGGCGAUACUUUUGAAAUUCCUGCUAAAAUGGUCUCUAAAUGUCCAGUCUGGUGAAGAAAGAAUGAGGGAGAAACAAUGCUUAAAUGCUCUAGUGCUGUUGUAAAAAGUGUACUAACUUCUUUCCUCCAUUUCCCCCCCCCCCCCCAUUUCUCUUCCAUCCUUUUAUUAGCUGUAUUUGUGUAUUUUUAAUGAAAGCUGUUGUAUGUCCAGCAACCAGACUUAAAACUGUGCAACUUACAGCUCUACUAGUAACGGCCCCUCCAGAUUUCCCUUGAACGGAGGAGCCCCGCCUCUGGCACGCACGGGGGACCGUCCGCGCCCCGCCGUCGUCCUGGCGCGAACGGCCUCGGGGCUUGGGGGAUGUACGCAUGCGCAGGUGGGCCGCCGUUGACGCCAUUUGGGGAGAGUGUGGUGGCCGCGGGUUGGUCUUUGUCACGGAGCCUCCGCCCACGGUGCCUGAUCCAGGCGACGCGGCGAUGUCGAAAGGAGGCAGUGAGACGAACACGUAUGGGCGGCCCGUCGUCUCGGCCGCCUCAGGGUCAUAUACGGACCGCUGCUCUUCCACGUCAGGGUUGGGUGGACGAGUGGAAGAGUUGCCCCGCUAUACCCUGGGCCUGCUGCAGACGCCGCGCGGUGCGGCGGACAGCACCGGCGACUUGUCCAGCGGCGGGGCGAGGCCGGGUAGCUCCAGCGGGGUGGGCCUUGCUGCCAGUAGUAGCAGGGUGAAGCUGCCGGUUCCCGGGAGAGGAGAAUCUUAUCUUGGUGACAAAAGUUCUUGUGCAGAAAAUGGUAGCAUGUUGAAUUUCACAAGUUCUUCUGUGCAAGGCCUGAAUAGCACAUGUAUAGGAAAAUUACCCCUUUCUACUAGUAGAUCUAUUUGCAGAAGCCAUACCCCUCAUAUGGGAUAUUCAGUUACAUCCUCAUCUGCAGUCUCUGUUCAUACCGCUGCAUCAGUUAUUGUAGCUGUUGUAGAAGGAAGAGGCCUUGCCAGAGGUGAAGUAGGAAUGGCCAGUAUUGACUUAAAAAAUCCUGAGGUGAUAUUAUCACAAUUUGCAGACAAUACAACUUAUGCCAAGGUUAUUACUAAACUCAAAAUUUUAACACCACUGGAAAUAAUAAUGCCAAACACUGCUUGUGAUGCAGGGAACACAAAAUUGUUUGGUCUGAUAACAGAACAUUUCAAGAAUGUGACUUUCACAACUGUCCAAAGAAAAUACUUCAAUGAAACAAAGGGAUUGGAAUAUAUAGAACAAUUGUGUGCAUCUGAAUUCAGCACCAUUUUCAUGGAGGUUCAGUCAAAGUACUACUGUCUUGCAGCUGCUGCAGCUUUGCUAAAAUAUGUUGAGUUUAUUCAAAAUUCUGUUUAUGCUCCUAAAUCACUCAAGGUGCGUUUCCAAGGGAGUGAGAAAACAGCUAUGAUAGAUUCAUCAUCAGCUCAAAAUCUUGAACUAGUAACUAAUAACAGAGAUUCUUGGAACGGUCACACACUUUUUGGUGUCCUAAAUUAUACUAAAACUCCAGGAGGAAGUCGAAGACUCAGAUCCAAUAUCCUGGAGCCACUAGUUGAUGCUGAAACAAUUAACACAAGACUGGAUUGUGUUCAGGAAUUACUCCAGGAUGAGGAGCUGUUUUUUGGUCUUCAAGCAGUUAUCUCAAAAUUCCUGGAUACAGAACAACUGCUUUCAGUUUUGGUACAAAUUCCAAAGCAGGAUACAGUUAAAACUGCUGAAUCAAAAAUAACUAACUUAAUUUACCUGAAGCAUACUCUAGAACUUGUGGAGCCCCUAAAAACUGCUUUAAGAAGCUGUAACACACCACUGCUAAAGGCCUAUUACAGUUCUCUUGAAGAUAGAAGGUUUGGAAUUAUACUUGAGAAGAUUACAACUGUAAUUAAUGAUGAUACAAGGUACACAAAAGGAUGUCUGAGUAUGAGGACACAAAAAUGCUAUGCUGUUAAGCCAAACAUCAAUGAAUUCCUUGACAUAGCUCGUAGAACAUACACAGAAAUUGUUGAUGACAUAGCAGGUAUGAUAACACAACUUGCAGAAAAGUACAACCUACCAAUGAAAACAAGUUUCAGUUCUGCUCGUGGAUUUUUUAUCCAGAUGAAUGCUGAUUGUUCAACACUGCCCAGUGGCCAACUUCCUUCAGAAUUUACAAAGAUCACUAAAAUGAAAAACACGUAUAGCUUCACUUCAGCAGACUUAAUAAAAAUGAAUGAGAGAUGUCAGGAGUCCCUGAGAGAAAUAUAUCACAUGACAUACUUAAUCGUGUGUAAGCUACUGAACGAGAUCUAUGAACAUAUUCAUUGCCUAUACAAGCUGUCUGAUACUGUGUCAAUGCUGGACAUGCUGCUUUCAUUCGCCCAUGUCUGCACUGUUUCCGACUAUGUUCGUCCAGAAUUUACAGAUACUUUAGCGAUCAAGCAGGGAUGGCAUCCCAUUCUUGAAAAGAUAGCUAUGGAGAAACCUGUAUCUAACAACACAUACCUGACAGAGGGUAGCAACUUUCUCAUUAUUACAGGACCAAAUAUGAGUGGAAAAUCAACAUAUCUAAAACAGAUUGCACUCUGUCAAAUUAUGGCCCAGAUUGGUUCUUACGUCCCAGCAGAGUAUUGUUCUUUUCGAAUCGCAGAGCAAAUUUUUACCAGAAUAGGCAUUUACAUUGUUUGCUACACAUUUCCUGGAACUGUGUCAUAUAGAUGCUUUAUAUCCCAAUGUGGAAAAUUACCAUUUUGAAGUGCAACAUGUGGGAAGCAGUGCUAUAAAGAAGGAAAAAAUCGCGUACACUUACACGCUCUCUAAAGGAUAUACAGAGGAAAAGAACUAUGGUAAUGGAUUCCACUAUGACUCUUAAUAGAAGACUGGACAAAUUGAAGGAUUGUGAGUCAGUAAAGAAAUGAAUGAGUGACAAUAAGGUAUAACUAUGUUUUAAAGAGUUACAGAAAUCCAUACGUUUCCAAAUGCUAGAUUCCAUAGUUGGAUCUGUGAUUUAGGUGACAUUUAAUCAAUAGGUAGUUAGCUAAACAUAAUUAUUGCAAGCCAGUGGUGACUGAGGACUCCAGAUUACUCCAAUCAGGUUUGAAAUAACUAGACUUAAAAUGCUUCUUUAUCAGAAUUUCAGUUGUAAAUUUCUUUGCCUUUGUCAGUACAAGGUCAGUUUUGGAUGCUACAGUCCUAACUCAGAAAAAAAACAUGUUUAGACAGUGUUCUUAGAGAACAGGAGACCUUUAGUAACUCAGUGUUGCUUUAUUGUCGUACUUGAGCAAAGUUACAUUAAAAAAAAAAAAAGUGUAAGGGCAAUUCUUGCCCCUUUUCAAUUUUUAACCCUACAGUAUUAGAUGUAGGAUUAGUGUAGACCUGAUGAAGCACAGAAUUUCCUCUCAACAGCCAGGGCAACAGGCAAAAUGAAAAGUGAAAAAAUCAUAUUAGGGCGGAAAAUACCACAUAUUUUUCUUAUCCUGAGUAUCUGACACCUUGACUGCUGGCAAGAGUGUAGAAGUUGGAAUGUGACAUCCAUAUCCAGUAGAUGCCCAGAUUCAGUGGGGAGCAUGUUUAGCACAAUCUCAGUAUCUUGCCAGCCUGCCAAACUGAAAAACUAAACAGAGAAGGCUAUUACCACCACUGUCUCAUUUUUUCCCUUUAGCCUCUAAUGUAUCAAAUCCUGCCCACUUUCUGACAGCAGUAAUUUAAGUGAAAGUGUAUUUUAGAGGCACCAUUACAACAAAGUAGGCAUUUUAUUUAGCACCUCUCAAAACAGUAUUGUUUUGAAAAAGAGACCAAAAGAGAAAAUUUAUAUUAAUUUUUUUUUUAAAUGAAAAUUUCACCCUUUAAAAAUGAGCUCAGCUGAUUCUAGCACACAUACUGUGAAGGAUGGGAAAAGAUAUUUAUCAAAAAUCCUAAUUUGUAUUUUCUAUGUUUAGGAUUAAAAGCUGCAGAAGUUUCCUCUCUACCACCAUCCAUAAUUUUGGAUGCAAAGGAAAUCACAAAUCAUAUUGCAAAACAAAUUUUGGUACGUAGUGGGUAGUUAUACUUUAAUUCAUAGUUUUUAUAAAACUGUAUAUUUUCAUUGUUUCUAAAAGGCUACAGAAUAAAUGCUACAUAAGGUUUUAUGAUGAUAGAUGGCAUCAAGAAAGUAAAAUUUUUAUUUCUCAAACUAAUUAUAAGAGAUUGUUAAUUAUAAGAGAUCACUGUUAGGUGACAACACAAAUAAUUCCUUAGCAUUAAAGGAGCAUUAGAUGUAAUGUUGGAGUUUAAAACAAGAAUCACCUGAUCAGAAAUAGGUUGGAAAACACACUAUUAGUAUUGUAAUGACAGAACAUCAUUAAUUUCCUAUUUUAAUGCAUGAAUAUGUUUUUAAGAACAGCACCAGCAGAAAAGCACUCCUGAGAUGAUGAAACGCAGAGCUGUAUAUCAUUUAGCAAUGAGAUUGGUUCAGACUGCCAGAAAUUCACGAUUAGAUUCAGACAGUUUGCGAAUAUAUUUGAAAGGUUUGAAGAAAAAGUAUAAAGCCAGUUUUCCUGCAUCUGAACAAAACGAUGAACAACAGUAAUGUAUAACGCAGGCUGUUUUAAUAAUUUUUGACUGCAAGAAGAUUCUGAUUUUUUCCACAGUAUUAGAAACACAGCUUCCUGUAUGUCUAUAAUGUCUUCAUUCUUAGUCUAAAUUAUACUCACUACCAAAGACCAUAUUCUUCAUGUUUGUUUUUUUUUGUCACAAAUAAAAGCAUUUACUUUGUAU